UGUGUGUGCAACUUUUCCAGAUUCUAGUUGAAAAGCUUGUUAAAGCAACAUGAGCUGGAGCUUCCUCACUCGUCUCCUGGAAGAGAUCCACAACCACUCCACCUUUGUGGGGAAAGUGUGGCUGACCGUGCUCAUCAUCUUCCGCAUCGUGCUCACGGCGGUCGGCGGCGAGUCCAUCUACUCGGACGAGCAGACCAAGUUCACCUGCAACACCAAGCAGCCAGGUUGUGACAACGUAUGCUACGAUGCCUUUGCCCCUCUCUCCCACGUCCGCUUCUGGGUCUUCCAGAUCAUCAUGAUCUCCACUCCUUCCAUUAUGUACAUGGGUUACGCCAUCCACAAGAUAGCCCGUAGUUCAGACGAUGAGCGUAGGCGGCACCACAGGCUCCGCAAAAAGCCUCCUCCUCACUCCAGAUGGAGAGGGAGCCACCAUCUGGAGGACGUCUUAGAGGAGGAUGAAGAUGACGAUGCUGAACCGAUGAUCUAUGAGGAUACGCUAGAGGUGCAGGAGGCCAAGCCUGAACAAGUGAGCAGCACUGGCAAAGACCCACCAAAAUAUGAUGGUCGCCGAAAAAUUAUGCAAGAAGGCCUGAUGAGAAUCUACGUUCUUCAGCUGAUGUCACGAGCCAUUUUUGAAAUCGCUUUCCUUGCAGGACAGUAUCUCCUCUAUGGUUUUCGAGUUAGUCCUUCAUAUGUAUGCAACAGGGUCCCCUGCCCACACAGAGUGGACUGUUUCAUCUCCAGGCCCACAGAGAAAACAAUCUUCCUCCUCAUCAUGUAUGUGGUAAGCUGUCUUUGCCUCGUGCUAAAUGUGUGUGAGAUGCUUCACUUGGGAAUUGGCACUUUUCGGGACACCCUUCGCAUGAAGAGGAACCGGGGCCGACGGAUGUCCUACGGCUAUCCGUUUUCUCGCAACAUCCCAGCCUCCCCUCCGGGGUACAACCUUGUGAUGAAGACAGAUAAACCAAGCAGGAUCCCCAACAGUCUCAUCGCCCACGAGCAGAACGUGGCCAACGUGGCCCAGGAGCAGCAGUGCACCAGCCCAGAUGAGAACAUCCCAUCGGAUUUAGCAAGCUUACAUCGGCACCUACGUGUCGCCCAGGAACAGCUCGAUAUGGCCUUUCAAACAUAUCAAACCAAAACCAACCAGCAAACCUCCAGAACCAGUAGUCCUGUAUCUGGGGGCACCAUGGCAGAGCAAAAUCGAGUCAAUACAGUCCAGGAGAAACAAGGAGCAAGGCCGAAAUCAGCCACAGAGAAGGCUGCAACUAUUGUAAAAAAUGGAAAGACCUCCGUUUGGAUCUAGAA